AUGAAAUUGACACUGGCCGUCACUCUCCUCUCUGCGACAGCAAAGGCUGCUGAGCACGUCGUCAACCAGACGACUUGUGGCGGAACAACAUAUAAAUACACCGGUCUCGCUGGCUACGGCUUUGUCCCUUCAAAUGCCACAGAUAAAUACGGCGACACUAUCGGAGGCAUCGGUAGCUCAAUCGCUUUCGACCAAUCCUCUUGGCGCAAGACCGGAGCAGAUGGUUACUCGGGAACUGUCUACGCAACUCCGGAUCGAGGCUGGAACACGAACGGAACCCUCAAUUUCCAGUCCCGCAUUCACAAGUUUGCCAUUACAUUGAAGCUUGCGCCAAACGCAACACCCAAGAACCCUUCCAACCCGAACGUGAGCCUCAAGUACCUCGACACAAUCCUGCUCACCGAUCCAGCAGGCCACCCCGUCACAGCCCUUGACGCCGAUGCCGAUGGCUACGCUUCCUUCCCUGGUUUCCCGCCCCUCCCCGUCGCCACGUACCCAGGCGAUGGCUACGGUGGACCAGGACCCGGCGGUAAGCGAGUCUCGGUAGACUCUGAAGGCACAGCUUUGGACGUGCGUGAUGGCGGGUUCUGGAUUUCGGAUGAGUACGGACCGUACAUCUAUAAGUUCGAUGCACAGGGACGCAUGGUACACGCUAUCCAGCCACCAGAGGCAUAUCUGCCACGCCGGAAUGGAACUCUGAGUUUCAAUUCCAAUUCGCCGCCUCUGUAUAGCCCGCAAGCUAGACCUGUUCCUAUCUACACUGAAUCUGGAAGAAACAAUAACCAAGGUCUAGAGGGCGUGACAGUCUCGGCGGAUGGAAAGAUGCUCUAUGCUCUUGUGCAAAGCUCUUUGAAUCAGGAGGGUGGACCGGAGAAGGUUUCCAGAUCGCCUGUCAGAUUGCUUGCUUACGAUGUUUCGAAUGCGUCGAAGCCUGUUCUUGCUCAUGAGUAUGCUGUCAUGCUGCCCAAGUACUGGGAUUACACGGAGAAGGAUGCUUCGAAGGCAUACGGAGUUGCCAGCCAGUCAGAGGUUCACCAGCUGCCUUCGGGUGAUUUCUUGGUGCUUUCUCGUGACGCAGGGUUUGGACGCGGACAGAAGAACACGCGAUCUGUGUAUAGACAUGCGGAUGUCUUCUCUUUGAACGGUAACAAUCCAGCCACUGAUUUGAAGGGCAAGAAGAACUAUGAUGAUGCUAAUGGAGCGAUUGCUUCUUCUGAGGGUGUACUGUUCCCUGGUAUCGUCCCGGCGGAGUACUGCUCAUUCGUGGAUUAUAAUGUGAACUCUGAGUUGGGCAAGUUCCGACUUCACAAUGGUGGUCCUUCGGAUGCAUUCUUAUUGAAUGAGAAGUGGGAGAGUCUUGCUGUUGUGCCUAUGAAUCCUUCGGCCGAUGGUACUCAGAAAUCUGGUCAGGAAUACUUCUUGUUCAGCUUCAGUGACAACGACUUCAUGACUCAGGAUGGGCAUCUCAAUUUUGGAAAGUUCGAUUACAAGGACACAUCUGGCUAUAGCCUUGACACACAGGUUUUGGCAUUUAAGCUGAAGUUCUAA